AUGGCGGCCGCACAGCAGGCCAGCGUGCCCGAAAAGGUAAAAGAAAGGCCCAGUGCUUUACGUUCAAUCAUUGCUGGGUCUACAGCUGGAGCUGUUGAAAUAGUUGCGAAGACAAGGACACAAUUGAACCGCAGAUUAGCAGACUCUGCAAAGCUGCCAUGGCCACCGUUUGGCAGUGCGUGGUAUGCAGGAUGCACGACUCUGAUUAUUGGGAAUUCAUUGAAAGCUGGAAUUCGAUUCGUAGCCUUCGACCAAUACAAAGCUUUGUUACAAGAUGCAGACGGCAAAAUCUCUGGUCCCAGGACGGUCAUUGCAGGUUUUGGAGCAGGAGUCACGGAGUCAUUGCUUGCGGUUACGCCAUUUGAAAGUAUCAAGACUACAUUAAUCGACGAUAGAAAGUCGCCCAAUCCCCGCAUGCGCGGUUUCCUUCACGCCGUCCCUAUCAUCGCCCGCGAGCGCGGCCUCAGAGGAUUCUUCCAAGGUUUCGUACCUACAACCGCUCGACAAGCAGCUAACAGCGCAACUCGUUUCGGCUCCUACACUUUCCUACGCCAAUUGGCGCAAUCAUACACUGCCCCAGGAGAAAAGUUAGGCGCUAUGGCUACCUUUGGGAUUGGUGGUGUUGCGGGGUUGAUUACGGUGUAUGUGACGCAGCCGCUUGAUACCGUUAAGACAAGGAUGCAAAGUAUCGAGGCCAAGAAGUUGUAUAAGAAUAGCUUUGCCUGCGCAGCUCAAAUUGCGAAGAAUGAGGGGAUGUUGACGUUUUGGAGUGGUGCGUUGCCUAGGUUGGUGAGACUGGUGUUGAGUGGCGGGAUUGUGUUUACAAUGUAUGAGAAGAGUAUUGAUUUGAUGGAUAAGUUGGAUCCGGAGAAGAAAUAUAUUUGA